CCCCGCGGCUCGGCUCGGCUCGGCUCGUGGAUGUCGCGGGCUCCGGUCCCGGAAGUGGGUUUGCGUCCUGCAUCCCUGGCCCCGGGCCGCCGCGACAGUCGCCACGGUGGCCGCCACUGCUCCUCGCCCCACGUCGGCGGCGCUAAGCGCCGUGGUGCCGCCGGGCCCCGAGCCCAUGACAGGCCAGGGCCAGCCGGCGGCCGGGGCGGCGGCGUGGAGCACGGUGUUCCGCCACGUCCGGUACGAGAACCUGGUGGCGGGCGUGAGCGGCGGCGUCUUGUCCAACCUGGCGCUGCACCCGCUGGACCUGGUGAAGAUCCGCUUCGCCGUGAGCGAUGGACUGGAAGUGAGGCCGAAAUACCAAGGAAUUCUGCAUUGCUUGACUACCAUCUGGAAAACUGAAGGACUACGAGGACUUUAUCAAGGAGUAACCCCAAAUGUGUGGGGUGCGGGUUUGUCCUGGGGACUCUACUUUUUCUUUUACAAUGCCAUCAAGUCGUACAAGACGGAGGGGAGAGCUGAGCAAUUACAGCCUCUAGAAUACCUGGUCUCAGCUGCUGAAGCAGGGGCCAUGACUCUCUGCAUUACAAACCCGUUGUGGGUGACGAAAACUCGCCUUAUGUUACAGUAUGGUGGUGUUGUUAACCCCUCACAGAGACAGUAUAAAGGAAUGUUUGACGCGCUUGUGAAAAUAUAUAAAUAUGAAGGUGUUCGUGGAUUGUACAAGGGAUUUGUCCCUGGGCUGUUUGGAACAUCCCACGGCGCCCUGCAGUUCAUGGCGUAUGAGUUGCUGAAGCUGAAGUAUAACAAGCACAUCAAUAGAUUACCAGAAGCCCAGCUGAGCACGGCAGAGUACAUCUCUGUUGCAGCACUAUCUAAAAUAUUUGCUGUGGCGGCGACAUACCCGUAUCAAGUUGUGCGAGCCCGUCUUCAGGACCAGCACGUGUCUUACGGCGGCGUGACGGAUGUGAUCAUAAAGACAUGGAGGAAAGAAGGCGUCGGUGGAUUUUACAAAGGCAUCCUUCCCAAUUUGAUUAGAGUGACUCCGGCCUGCUGUAUCACCUUUGUGGUUUAUGAAAACGUCUCGCACUUUUUGUGUGGCCUUAGAGAAAAGACAGCAAGCUAAGAGAAGAUCCAGUGUGUGCCUGAGGCAGCUGCAGACUCCUGUGUGUUUGAAACACAGAGCUCAGAAGACAACAGCGAGCAUCGCAGCUCACGCCCAGCAUUUGUCUGUGGUAGAAGCCAGAGGACUGAGAAUCUUGUUUUCUGCCCUGUGCUGCUGCUCCGUGGGAGCGCGUGCGUGCGUGCGUGCGUGUGUCUUGGCUGCCUCUGCCUGCAGGGGAUGCCGUCAGCACAGGGCUGAGACAGAUAGCCUUGAGGAUGUAUGAGAUCUUCCAUUUCAGUUCAUGUAGAAGCUAAUUUGCAGUAUCUGUAAACAAUCCGAUGAAUGUUCUUUUUCCUGAACUCUCUUGCCUGGAUUGGCUUUAAAAUUGACCCAUGUGCAAUAGCAAGGAGCUGGCUUCUUACAAGAGUGACUGUUUCAGGGGACAAUUCAACCUGGGGGGCUCCUGAAUGAGGCGCCAUCCAAAUCCAGCCCAUUUUGAAUGGAGAUGGUUUUGUUCUGAGAAAUACCUAGCACUUUUUGUCGUUCCAUUGCUUAAUUAUUUAAGAUGUGGUUCUGGAUCCCAACCGUCUUUUUGGCCAUAGACACACAGUGUGUAGCAGGAGUGUAUCAAGUCCAAACCUCUGGGAUCCAGUGAAGUCUGUGUGGUUACAAAUCUCUCAUGAGAGAUGCCGGGUCAGUCACAUUUCAGAGAGGGGGUGUUUUCUGUGAGUUUGUUGAAAAAUUGAGUAGAAAUAAACAUUCCUUUUUUUCCCCUUAAUUUUAAGAUUUAUGUAUCCAUAUUCCAAAUAAAUGAUUUGUCUACAUUGGUUGCUCAAAAUCAGGUUAAAAUACAAAUUACAUUCAUGGCCAUUGCGGACUUGAUUUGUUUGUCUCUAUAGAUCUCCAGGCAUAGAGGCCAACCCCCAGAAGGAUGCUGAAAUAAUACAAGUUUUCUCAUAAACAGCUGUCAGUGCUGCUAUACUAAUGUCUAUUUUUUUGUAAAUAAAACAUGGUGAGCAAAACUA